CACACGCGUAACUCGCCAGAAGGUCUCGCGUGGCUGCAGCGCGAGCGCUUGUCAGUGAGCUUCACUCCUGAGAGGAUUAUGUUGUUUGACAGAAUGGAUUAGGAGUGAAAAAACUUUUUUUUUUUGAAGGAAAAGAAAAAAAAAAAACAAGAAGUAGAAGAAAAAACGGAGUACGAAUGUUCUGGAUAAUUAUUUUUGACUUUGCUUACCCGUGUGUGCCUACUGUAUAAUAGUUUUUUUUGGUACUUUAUAUCAGUUACAGGACCAGAUGAUCGAUUUUGACCGUUUUUUCCGUUGAAACUCUCACGAGCGCGCGAUGGACAGUAGCUAGCUUAGCUACCAAACUCUGAAACUCUUUUCUUAACGGUUAAAUUCGACAUUUUUUAAACGAUGGACUUUCUAUAUAAAGUUUUAAAAUUUUCUACUUUUGUCAGCGUCCUCCAGGUACUUGGUGACCAGGCUGUACCGUCCAAGCAUCCAGGCCUGGAUGUGCUGGCCACAGCGUCACACUACUGGCCCCUGGAUGAUGUAGACGGGAUCCGCAGCCUGAGGGACCAGAUUGGGAAUAGAACAGGUCAUAUUAAUGGGACUGAUAUAACACUCAGAAUCCACAACCACACUGUCCUGCCUACGCAUAACUCUUCCUCUGUGUACACCAAUGACUCUGCCUACACUAAUAUUUCCGUCUCUGUAGACAUCGUAGAAGGAGUUGUGAACAAAGGCAUCUAUCUGAAUGGAGACCGUGGAGCCACUUUCCUCCAUUUCGGCAACUACAAGAACUCCUGCAUCAGUGACCCCACUCUGUGUGGACCGCAAGGGAUCACAUUCUCCUUCUUCUGGAAGAACCAGGAGUCACAUUCCCGCUUUGCUGUGAUGUCAGGAGGGAAAAUCAUCUCCAACGGUUUCUCUGUCUACACCAACCCCUUGGGAGGAUACGUGGAGUUCUACACCAGGAGAAACACUCAACGCUGGAAAGCAAAUAUCAACCUGCCAGGACCUUUCUGGACACACAUCCUAUUCACGUGGACCCUUAAAGACGGCCUGAAGAUCUACAUAAACGGCACGUUCAACAUUGGCGACCCGAAAGGCGACGUGUCGCAGAAUUACGGCGAUACGUACGCAGAUUUGGUGAUCGGAACCGGACACACCCACUCCUAUAGGCAAUACGUCACCGCGUCCUUCGAUGAGUUUGUCAUUUGGGAGCGAGCUCUUUCGCCCAAAGAGAUCUGGCUCUACUAUAAAGCUGCCAUAGGUGAGGAUGUGGUUUAUCCUCCAACUACAGAAUCUCCUUCCUCCGUCCACACCACAACAGAUGCCCUUUUGCAGGCAACAACAGCAUCACCCCACCCCACUGUCUCUAACUUCACAGAGAUUCAUGAUUCAGUGCCCAUGUCACUGCAAAACUUCCUCCAGUCUUCCUUCAUUCUGCCCAAUAAGACUAUUCCUAAGGAUACAGCUCACAAUCUGACACAGUCAUUUCUGAAGAGCGUUGACGAGGUGAUAUCCUCCAGUAGCUGGCGAGAAGACGAGGAGGUACGCAGAAAUGCACUCGCUACGUCAUUACGCUACGUCAGUAAAGAUCUGACGCAGUCGACUCCUGUAAUCAGUGGACUCAUAGACACAGUGGACAAAGUCAUGGGGCACAUGGUGUCCAAUCUCGAGGCUAAACCAAAUUCUCUUGUCGCUAUUGGUGGAAAGAGCUAUGUUGCAGAUUACUCUCUGAUGAAGAUCCCGCAAAAUUAUAACAUGCAGAACUACAGAUUUCCAACACAAGGCAAGAACUACAUCUCAGUGCCAGGAGAGGCCUUCACUACAGAAUCCCAGACCACAAUCGUAGGCCUUUUCUACCACAGCAUGCACAGCUACUACACACAGAUCAGCCCUCUGAGAACCAGGAUCAAUGAGGCGGUGGAAUUUAAGGACCAUAAGAUCCAGGUGGCCAGCUGUCUGAUCUCGCUAAAGGUGGAGCCCUCUCCUGCCCUCUCGGUCAACCUGUCGUCAGAGCCACUGAUCAGAAUCAUGCUGACACACCAACUGAGCAAAGAGCAACAACUUCAGGCCAUGAACGAGAGCAACAAAGUCUUCCUCUACUGCGCCUUCCUGGAUUACAGCUCUAAGGAAGGCGUAUGGUCCAACAACGGCUGUCUGAGAGCUGGAGGCAACCUUUCCUACUCUGUCUGCGUGUGCAACCACCUGACUAACUUUGCCAUCCUCAUGCAGGUGGUUCCUGUGGAGCUCGCUAAGAGCCAUCAAGUGGCUCUCUCCACCAUUACCUAUGUGGGUUGCUCCAUCUCCAUCUUCUGCCUGGCCAUCACCUUGGUCACCUUCGCUGUGCUCUCGUCUGUGAGCACCAUCCGGAACCAGCGCUAUCACAUCCAUGCUAACUUGUCCUUCGCCAUCCUGGUGGCCCAGAUCCUUCUGCUCAUCAGCUUCCGCUUUGAACCCGGGACGUUGCCCUGUAAGGUGAUGGCAGUGUUGCUUCACUUCUUCUUCCUGUGUGCGUUCGCCUGGAUGCUGGUGGAGGGGCUUCAUCUCUACAGCAUGGUGAUCAAAGUGUUCGGCUCUGAGGGCAGCAAGCACUUCUACUACUACGGCAUAGGCUGGGGGUCCCCGGUGGUCAUAUGCGUUGUGUCCAUAACGUCGUCGCUGAGCAGUUACGGAGAAGACGGAAACUGCUGGCUGUCUCUGAAGAACGGCGCUAUAUGGGCGUUCGUGGCUCCUGCUCUGUUUGUCAUUAUAGUGAAUAUUGGUAUCCUCAUUGCUGUGACGAGGAUCAUCUCCAGAAUCAGUGCAGAGAACUACAAAGUGCAAGGAGAUGCUAACUCUGUCAAGCUCACUGCUAAAGCAGUAGCAGUCCUCUUGCCUAUCCUGGGCAUCUCGUGGACGUUUGGCGUUUUGGCUGUGAACGAUCAAUCCUUCCUCUUCCAGUAUAUGUUUGCGGUUUUCAACUCUCUGCAGGGCUUCUUCAUCUUCCUCUUUCACUGUCUGCUAAACUCAGAGGUCAGAGCUGCUUUCAAGCACAAGACCAAAGUGUGGUCUCUGACCAGCAGCUCCAUCCGCAACAUCAACGUUAAGCCUUUCAAUUCAGACAUUAUGAACGGUAACAGAGGGGGCGUGAGCCCGACAAGAAUGAACACGUGGGACAAAAGCACCAACUCAGCUAAUCGCAUUGACCUGUCAGCGCUCUAAGAGUCAACGGACAAUGGCUACUGAACCCAAACGAUCCACAAACGAACAGUGAAAGUCGUACUUCUCCUCAGAUACACUGGCUGACUUAGCCACCGCUCCUUUUCACGACGACUCGGCAGUUUAAUGACGUUCUUACGCGACCGGGUGAAGAAAAGACUACGGCUAGCAGCAGACUUUUACUGACGUCACUCUUUCUCACUGACACCACUCACUUUAUGAAGACAAACAAGAGUUCAGAGCCAUAAAUAAGUCACAGAUGAAAACACAAAACCCGUGUUGGAUAACUAUUUUCUGUUCAGUGUUCAACCACAAAGUGUCCUCCUCGUAACUCCAGCAGCUGCUGGAUUCCACUGCUGUCUGUGACUUGACACUAAACUGUGACACAAGAUGCGUCUCGCUCGGGAUGAGAAGUUUUUCCAUUGUGCUGCCACUACAUUGAGACCUGCUAUUACAGCUCUCAGUCCUAGUCUUAGAUUAGAUGGAAUGAAAAUCAGGCCUGGGUUACGUGUGAGUUAUGUAGUACUUUCCAUUUCAAAGGUACAUGAGCGUUUAGCUGGUGAAAUUUCGUGGCUGAAGCAAAAGACAUUCCUGAAAGAGGAACCAAAUAUGUAGCGUUCCAUUGCUGUGUGUCCUUGACGGCGUCGUAUUUCCUCACAGAUAUCGUGCUGUAUGUUGUCCUCUUCCUACCGAUAUGUUGUGUAAAUUAUUGUCUUGACGUUGCUUUCAGAAAUAUCUACUAUUUCAUUUCAUGUUUUGUGUUAAGAAAUGUCUCCAGUACCCCCAAAGUCAUUGUGACAUGACAAAGUGAUUACUGCUACUACGCCAAAUCAACCAUUAACUAAAUUUUACAUUCUUUAACUGGUUAUCUAAGCUCCGAGGUGUUAGACAUUGAGACCAAUAUAAUAACUUAUAGCAUAGUGGAAUAUGUCUACAUUUUGUCUACAGAAACGCGAAUUUGGCCCAUUGUAAUUAGAACAGAUCCGAUACGUCAGACAUUCUGACUGCAUUGUCAAGAACAGCAUCAGUUUUUGUGCCAAACGUAGCUUGUAUGUUAAAUGUUAAAAUUUAGGUCAGGGUUUCUCAUUUCCCUUAAACUAUAAUACUGUAGAUGUUGUCUUGUACCAUAAAUAUUUAAGGUAUAUAAUAAUGUAAUUGUGACGUACACCUUGGGUUCUCACGCCAGAAGACAUCUUGCCUUUCUUUAUUUGGUCAUAAUUUCUUGUCUUCUGUAACACAUUCACUCGGGUCUCUAGUUUGUUGGUUUUUUUAAUAUAUAUAAUCUAAAUCUUAUGUGUCUGUGAAGCAAUUUGAAGCAAUUUUUCUUCAAAUGAAAUCCUUGGUUCUCAGUGUACCGUGUUUCUGCUUCUUGGCCCUUUAAAAGUUUUAUGCAUUCUCAUUCAUUCUGCCCGACAACUGCGAUAACUGGAAUGACAGUGAUUAGUGAACAUGCUAUGUGUGCACUACCGAUCACUCGGCUUUCUUUCCAGAGAUUUUUCUUAACAGGGACUGUCAUUAGUUUCCAUGAUUUUUUAUUUGUUAGUGAAUCCCAAAGUAACUGUGUUACUUCUCAGUUAUAAUAGACUGUGAUUAUCAUGUGGCAGGUUCUGUGCCUGGACCCAAAUACACCAAAUUCUGUCUAUGAGGGAAAAUAUGUUGGAAGAUUUUACAAAAGGCCAAGUUUUGAGUAAAUUGUUGGACUUUUUUGGGCUCUUCUGACACAAGAAGAGACGCCAAGAUGUAGGACUGAUGAAUAUAUAGUAUAAAGUUGAUGAUGAAGUGAUGUACAGUUCAUUAAGAUAAACAUUGUGUUUUGCAUUUUCGUAAGACUAAUAAUGUGAGACUCUGUAUUCUGUGAAGUGUUUUGUUCCUUUGUUCCUUAUUGCCAGUGUGGACGUCGUUAGAAAUUAAAAGCAGUGUCAUUUUCGGGUUCACGUGGCGUACGUCAUGACAAAGAAGGUGAGACUUAACUCUUUAUUUAUGCCAAUGUAAAAAUAAAACUACAUAUACUGUU